ACACGCCCUCCCGCGGAGCCAGGCUCACCAUGGGCUGUCCUCCGCCUGUCCUGCCCCUGUGUGCCUCUGUGUCUUUGUUGGGUGGCCUGACCUUCGGCUAUGAACUGGCAGUCAUAUCGGGUGCCUUGUUGCCACUGCAGCUUGACUUUGGGCUGAGCUGCUCACAGCAGGAACUGCUCGUGGGCAGUCUGCUCCUGGGGGCGCUGCUCGCCUCCCUCGGGGGUGGCGUCCUUAUCGACCACUAUGGCAGGAAGCGAACCAUCCUGGGGAGCAACCUGGUGCUAGUGGCAGGCAGCCUGAGCCUGGGGCUGGCUGGUUCCCUUCCCUGGCUGGUCCUGGGCCGCUCAGCUGUUGGCUUCGCCAUCGCACUCUCCUCCAUGGCCUGCUGUAUCUACGUGUCAGAGCUCGUGGGACCUCGGCAGCGGGGAGUGCUGGUGUCCCUCUAUGAGGCAGGCAUCACCGUGGGCAUCCUGCUCUCGUACGCCCUCAACUAUGCCCUGGCCAGCGCCCCCUGGGGUUGGAGACAUAUGUUUGGCUGGGCUGCAGCACCUGCUCUCCUGCAGUCUCUUAGCCUCCUCUUCCUCCCGGCUGGUGCAGAGGAGACUGCAGGGUAUAAGGACCUCGUUCCACUCCAGGGAGGUGAGGCCACCAAGCGAGGCCUGGGGAAGCCACGCUAUACCUUUCUGGACCUCUUCAGGGCCCGAGAUAAUAUGCGAGGCCGGACCACAGUGGGGCUGGGGUUGGUGCUUUUCCAGCAACUAACAGGGCAGCCCAAUGUGCUGUGCUACGCAUCCACCAUCUUCCACUCAGUCGGCUUCCAUGAAGGGUCCUCCUCUGUGCUGGCCUCCGUAGGGCUCGGCGUGGUGAAGGUGGCAGCUACCCUGACUGCCAUGGGGCUGGUGGACCGUGCUGGCCGCAGGGUCCUACUGCUUGCUGGCUGCGCCCUCAUGGCCCUGACUGUCAGUGGCAUUGGCCUUGUCAGCUUUGUGGUACCCAUGGACUCUGGCCCCAGCUGCCUGGCCAUGCCCAAUGCCACCCAAAAGACAGGCCUCCCUGGAGGCUCUGCACUGCUGAAGGACCCAUCUCUACCUCCUAUGCCAACAACCAGGGGGGACCAAUGGGCGCCAGUCUCGUUAACUGCUAAGAAAACCAAGUUCCACCCAGGAGCCAGAGCUGCCACAGCUACUCCUCUGCCAGCCCUGAGCACCACCUCCUCAGGGCCCCCUGAUCCCACCCCAGGGCACACACUGCUGCGCUGGACAGCACUGGUCUGCCUGAUGGCCUUUGUGAGCGCCUUCUCCUUUGGCUUUGGACCAGUGACCUGGCUUGUCCUCAGUGAGAUCUACCCUGGGGAAGUCCGCGGGAGAGCCUUCGCCUUCUGCAACAGCUUCAACUGGGCUGCCAACCUCGUCAUCAGCCUCUCCUUCCUCGAUCUCAUCGGUGCCAUUGGCUUGUCCUGGAUCUUCCUGCUCUAUGGACUGACCACCAUUCUCGGCCUUGGCUUCAUCUACUUUUUCGUUCCUGAAACAAAAGGCCAAUCACUGGCAGAGAUAGACCAGCAGUUCCAGAGCAGCCGGUUCCUCCCGAGCUUUGGCCGCAGGCAGAACUUGGCGGGCGUCCAGUACAGUCGUGUCAAGGUCUCCAUGGCCUCCUGAGGAGUCCAUCCGCCGGCAAGAGGCGGGCACGUCAGUGUCUGCAGGCCAACCCCAGCGUCCUGCCUGCUGGGCCCUGCGGCACAAGCUCUAGGAGGCCCUUUGGGAGUGGCCCCUGCCCCAAAGGAGGGCUCUGUGUUGGGGUCAGAGAUGAAAGUCUGAGAGGCCCAAGCUCUUGCUGAGUGCAAGGCUCUGAGGGCCCUUAAGACCGUCUUCAUGCCUCACUUUCCCCACUGACUUUGCACAUCUGCAAUAUUUUUAAUGAGAACAUUGAGAGACUUCCUUGGACUUUCUGGACUCUUCUGGACCCUGGACUUUUUCAAGUAAUCUUUGGGGUACCAAUCCUGGCAGGAAGUGUCCCUAGCAUCUCCCCUAUCUCCACCAAGGAUAUCGCAUCCUCUGCUGUCCUUUUCCAUCUGGCGGGGAGUUUUUAGUCAGGGAGAAUCCUGCCUUUGGGAUGUUAGCUCUCAGUCUUGCUCAUCUCCUCUAAUUCUCUUGCCAAAGAUAUUUAUCAUUUACUUGAAACUCUGACUGCUUGGCAGGGACUGAAUUCUAGUCCUGGGUUUGCUGGUAACAGGUCCUCUAGGAGCCUGGGCCCCGGUCUCCCCCGUGUGCAGCGGGAGGCUUGGACUGGGCUCCCCUUGAGUCCGCUUCUGACCCCAGUGGGCGGGAAUCCUAAAAGCUGUGGCACAACAGACACUCAAGCUGGGUCCUUCCCGCCCUCGGGUUGCUGGCAUUGCUUUGGAGGAUUCAGAUUUUCAUUUGAAGGAAAGGAGAACAGUAUCCCAGAGCUUGGACCCUAAGAUCCACUGCCAGGACAGGGCAGGAGGCUUUGCCGGAAGGAGGGGUUUGAAGGUCCCACACCUUGGUGUCAGUGUGGCCUCCACUAACAGCUCCCUCAGCCUCUACUUCUGCAUUUGCAGAGCGGGCACUGUUGUGUCCCCGAUGGUAUAUUCAACCCCUGUGUCCCUUGGCCCGCAACAGCUCCUCUGUUUCUGGAGACUUCUUUAUCCAGGGAUGUGCUGGAGCUGGUUUGUGAGGGCUGAUUAUUAAAUUAAACUGGUUGUUAAAAAAAAGUUACUAAAAAUACAUUAUUUGAACUUACAAUUAAAUGCAUUGUACAAAAGACAAAGGUAAUGAAUACUCAACACUGACUCCUACUUAUCCCAACACACUUCCUGUUACCUGUGUUCAUGUGGCCCCGGAAGUGUGCCUUCCUCACAUAGCUUAGGGAACCCUACCGCUUCAGGGCUUGAUUUAUUGUUUUGUUGACUCCCCAAGUUAACAGCUGCUGGAUCAAAUGUUAGUAAUGCGAAUUAAAUUUAAAAGUGUGCCAUGUUUGUAGAUGAUACAUUGUAAGUAGAAAAUAACUACCCUAAAGAACUAUUUUUCCACCAUUACUAAACUAUUGUCCAAUUUAGCAGACACUGUGCUCACCUCAUCAGUGAAGGAAUUCUGAAAUGGUUUGUCUAAUUGCUUUUUUAAACUUUUAAAUUGCAGCAUUUGGGAUUGAACCCGGUGAGUACUGAGCUACAUCCCCAGCCCUUUUUAAAAUUUUAUUCUUAAUACCCUGGCCAGCCUUGAAUUUGAGAUCCUCCUGCCUCAUUCUCCUCAGCAGUUGUGAUGACAGGUGUGCGCUACCAUCCCCAGCUUAAUUGCUCUCCUUUUCUUGUCUCAUUAGUUAAUGUAAAUAAGGAUUUCAGUCAGCUUUCAUGAUGUGUAACUGCCAAGCAUUUUUAUUUGUAGUCUAAUUUUGUCAAAUCGUGGCUGAAUUGCAGUGAUAGUCGGCUUGGGAUACAAGAGAUUAGCUUAAAAAUCAACAAAAGGAUUCUGUAAGAAUUAAUUGGCAUAUGAAGUUUGCACAAGAGGAGUUACAAUAAAGAGCAUUUACAACAGAGUUCAUUAUUAUUUGUUAAGUUGUGUGCCACAAGCUCAUCCUUUACCUCAAUAGAAGUCACACCUGUGCACAUCCGUGCUUUUCUCUGGAGGGCAGGUAAGCGUUGCCCAGCACCGCGUGGGUCUGUGUGACAGCCCCCUCCUACUUCACCUUGGAACCAAAGCUCUCUUCACUUACCUUUCCCCGCCCAUCAGCUGGAAGGACCACCUUUCCACCCUUAGGGUGGCUCCUUCCCUCUCUGGAUCAGCAUCGUAAUCUCGGAGAGGUGA